GCGUAAAUGUCCAUUCCCGUCCCCCCCUUAUUUUUCUCUCCCGCGUGAGAAGAACCUCCGAUCAGCGCGGACCUCGCGACGCGUCGGCGUGGAUGCGUCCAAUUGCGCCACGUAGAUACGCGUCGGUCAAUGAUAAGCGCGCUAUCAACCGCCAGUCUGCGUCCCUCGAGAAUCGCGGCAUGGCAGCAGCCGUCGGAUGACGCCACGGCCACCUAACGGAAGUGAACCGAGAGAGAGAGCAGGCGAAGGUAACGUCGUUCGCGGAGACGGGGAUGUCGCGCGUCUAUUUCCGUAACACGUUGCAAUCGGGGUCGAAGGGGACCGCGAGAAACUGCGCGAGGGCCGGCCGUGUCGCCGUCGAUUGACAGUCGCGCUCCGGAGUUCGCGCGGGAAGGAGAGAGAGAGAGCGUGCACCUGUCGCGUCGCGCGACCGUCAAAGUGUCGGGCCGUGCGCGCUCGCGUUUGGACCCCGAGCGAGAGGAAAGAGGAAGCAAAAAGAGAGAGCGCGCGCGGGGCAGUGGUUGUGCGAGACGUCACGCGCGAUCGUCGGCGAUCGCUCCCGUCCGUCCGUUGGCGCGUGCGGCCCGCGAGUGGCGCGGCGCGCGAGGUGGCCGAGGAGGUGAGACCACGGCUGUGUCCACGACGAGGACGAGAGUGACGCGCGACGGAAGAGAGCGAGAGAGGAGGAGGAGGACGACGACGCGCAGGUGAUGCGAUGAGACACCGCGAGCGCGCGGUGUCGAGCGAGCGUCCGCCGAUCCCCGCGCAGCGAAACGACACGAGGCCGCUCGAGCGCGUCCGCCCGCGUACCCCGCGCGACGCUGUCGCACGCAGGAGGUUAUAAGCGGAGUUAUGUGCCCGACGACGAGCGCCGUUCGCGGUGGACCGCCGCCGAGCAGCAGCCGCCGCCUCCGCAUCGCCGAGCAGCACCGAGUGGACGCGUUUCUUCGUGCUCUACACUUCCUGGAGACACGCGCUCUGCGCCCUUCAACGCCCUCGACGAAGUCCCGCGGCCCGGGACUCGUUUAAUUGGCUGUGAAAAGUGCAACGUAACUGUCGGCGUAUCGAGUCCAAAGAGUAUAUAGAUAGAUAUAUAUAUAUAUAGGUAUAGAUAUAUAUACACAACACUGGUCAAAAUGGAUCAAGAAACGGUCUACGGCACACACGAGGAUAGCCAUGUCGUCAUGUCGGAGAAGGUGCAGUCCUUGGCAGGCAGCAUCUAUCAAGAGUUCGAGAAGAUGAUAGCGAGAUACGACGAGGAUGUAGUGAAAGACUUGAUGCCUCUGCUAGUCAAUGUGUUAGAAUGUCUGGAUAUAUCGUACACCGAGAAUCAAGAGCGCGAGGUCGAACUGGAGCUGCUGAGAGAGGAUAACGAGCAGCUUGUCACGCAGUACGAAAGGGAGAAGCAACUGAGAAAAGCGUCGGAUCAGAAACUUCUCGAAUUGGAAGACAUUUCCGAGGAUGAGAGGAAGGAGCUGCUGUCGAAGAUCGACAGCUUGGAGUCUAUCGUAAGAAUGCUGGAACUGAAGACUAAGAACUCUCACGAUCACGUUGGUCGGCUCGAGGAGAAGGAAGCUGAAUUGAAACGCGAGUAUUCCCGGCUGCACGACAGAUACACGGAAUUAUUUAAGACCCAUGUCGAUUACAUGGAGAGGACCAAAAUGCUGGUUGGUAGCACGGAAAGAUUGGAGAGCGUGUCCGCCAGCCGUGCGCCAUCGCGGCUACCUUCCCUCGGACUUGCUCAUAUGUCGCGCAGCUCCGGCCCGCUUAGUUACGGCUUUCAGAGCUUGGAGGCGAGCAUAAACGCCGAGGACGUUCAAGAGGAUAUCGUACCAAAUGUCGUUAACCUGAGAACCGAAAUGUUGGACAGUAGCAUCGAAGCCGCUAUCGAGAAAUCCGACAAGAGCCAACUAACUGAUAAACCGUUACAAGAGAACAAGACUACAGCUAUAUCUAGACACGAAAGUCCGGAAACGGAAAUACCGCCAACUUUAGUGACGCCAACGACGCCGACCGCGGGCAUAGAGAAGUUAGCGACCACGCCGGGAGGUAGAAGCAGGACCGAGAGAGAACAACGAAGCGGCAACACGCUGUAUCAGGAGCUGAGUUUCCAAGAUGCGGACGCGCUGGGCGAAAUGGACGAAGGCGCAGAUAUCACCGGAAGCUUGGUACAUCCUGGAGAAUACGCUUCAUCAGUUAAUGACAACUUCUUUGGCAUGGGAAAGGAGGUAGAAAAUCUGAUUAUGGAGAACAAUGAAUUGCUAGCAACAAAGAACGCGCUUAACGUUGUCAAAGACGAUCUAAUUGUGAAAGUGGACGAAUUAACGAGUGAGCAAGAAAUAUUACGGGAGGAGGUGCGAGGUUUACAGCAGGCGCGCGAACGAUUGCGGCAACGAAUCGCCGCCCUCGAGGAAGAGCUGAAGAAGGUGAAGGAAGAGGCAGAGGCGGCGGCCAAAGCGACGAAAAGCGACGACGAGGAGGACGUGCCUCUGUCUCAAAGGAAGCGGUUUACGCGCGUGGAAAUGGCAAGAGUGCUCAUGGAACGAAAUCAGUAUAAGGAACGGUUUAUGGAGCUCCAAGAGGCUGUGAGGUGGACGGAGAUGAUAAGAGCCAGCAAGACCGAUCCUUCCAGUAUCUCGGGUGGAAAGGGUUCGGUGUGGAAGUUUUUUAGCAACCUCUUCACAGGCCCGGCCGAUCGAGGGACGUUAGUGCGUUCCGCGCACACGCUGCCGCACGUACGAUACAGCGCGCCGGCGAAUCAGGUCGUCCCGGCGCCGCCCCUGGAUGCCAUGCGUAGACGUACGUUGAAAAAUCGCCAAGACUUUCUCGACCAAGGAGACACCAUAUCGUCCGAGAAGCUCGUAGCGAGACGCGCGAGCGAGCGAAGAGAGCAGUACCGUCAGGUGCGGGCGCACGUUAAGAAGGAGGACGGCCGUCUGCAAGCCUACGGAUGGAGUUUACCCGGGAAGCCAAGCGCUCCCGUCAAGCAACCCCCUGUCCCAGUUCCGGUGUACUGUCGACCCCUGCAGGAAACCGAGCCAGGCAUGAAGAUUUGGUGCGGCGCCGGUGUGAAUCUGAGCGGCGGGAAGACGCGCGACGGCGGCUGCAUGGUCGGCGGCAGCGUGUUCUACGCGGCCGAGGCUCAGGAAACGAGCAACGCGAAGGCGGAGGCUGAAGAUGCCGUGGAACACCUGGACAAGGAGCUCCAGGAGAGCGAGAAUCGACGGCUCGAGGCGGAACGAUGGGAGCAACAGCUGAGCUCGCUCGUCUGGAUCUGCACCUCGACGCAGAAGAUGUCCAAGGUUACGGUGAUAGACGCGAACAAUCCGGCGGAUGUUCUCGAGGUGUUUAACGUGUGUCAGGGACACCUGCUCUGCAUCGCGAGCGUGCCCGGUGCCAAGGAGAGCGACUACGCGCAGUCCUCGAGCGAGAAUUCGAUUCGCAACUCGGCGAACGGCACGGCGAACGACAACGGGAACAACAACGACGGCGAGGACGUCGCGAACGCGAACGAGACCGAGGAGCAGCACGGCCAGAGAAAUCAUCAGAAUGCCGAGGUCGACAAAAGUAAGAGCGAGUCUGACAAUCAGUCGGAGGAUCAGGCCAACGAGAAUACCGAAAAGUCUGCCGAGACGGAUCAGAACUCCACGAACGAGCCGCAGAGUCUGGAGAGUAUAGACAGCGAGACCGCGAACCUGGGGAAGGUGAACUUCGUACGGUACAACGGCGAGGCGCAUCCCUCGCGAUCGAACGACAAGGGCGCCGUGAACGAAGGGGCGAAGGAGGAGGUUGCCGAAGAGACGCCCAUCGAGAAGAUGUCGUCCAUACAACCGACCAUGUGGCUCGGAGCUCAAAACGGCGCGGUUUUCGUUCAUUCGGCCGUUGCCAAGUGGUCGGUGUGCCUGCACUCCGUGAAGCUGAGGGAUGCGGCGUUAGCUAUUGUGCACGUGCAGGGCCGAGUUCUGGUCGCUUUAGCGGACGGAACUGUAACGAUAUUCCGUAGAGGCGUGGACGGACAAUGGGACUUGUCUCAAUAUCACGUGAUCACGCUCGGCAGCCCUCAACAUUCCAUUAGAUGCAUGACCGCGGUUAGCGGGAAGACAGUAUGGUGCGGAUACAGAAACAAGAUUCACGUGAUCGAUCCUAUUUCGAUGACGCUUGAGUGCACAGUGGACGCGCAUCCUCGCAGAGAAUCUCAAGUGCGGCAGCUGGCGUGGCUGGGCGACGGCGUGUGGGUCAGCAUCAGGCUCGACUCGACGUUGAGACUCUAUCACGCUCACACCUACCAGCACCUCCAGGACGUCGACAUAGAGCCGUACGUCAGCAAGAUGCUCGGCACGGGAAAACUGGGUUUCUCCUUCGUGCGCAUCACCGCUCUGCUCAUUUCCUCCAACAGGCUGUGGAUCGGCACCGGUAACGGAGUGAUAAUCUCGGUGCCAUUGUCGGAGAGUGCGGGUGGCUCAAUGGCGGUGUCCAGAGUGCAGACGGGUAGCAACAAGAGCGACGCGCCGGGAGUCGGUGUCAGGAUCUUCGCGUCGGAGCGAGGAGUCGUGCCGGGAAGUUUCAUACCUUAUUGCAGUAUGGCCCAUGCGCAGCUUAGUUUUCACGGGCACAGAGACGCCGUGAAGAUGUUCGUCGCUGUACCCGGUCACGGUGGCCAGAGCGCGGUGACGGAUGGAACGCAGCCUGCGAUGCUCGUUCUCUCGGGCGGCGAGGGUUACAUCGAUUUUAGAGUUGGUGAUGGGGAGGAGACGGAGGAAAGCAUGGACCGAUCGAACACUGCGAUCAGCAACGAAGAGCACGGUGAGCAGAGUCAUCUGAUUGUGUGGCAAGUGCAAUGUCCCCUACCGAUGCCAAUCAAUGGCUAGCCUACGGACAAGCGUGACUCGCUGGAUGGCUCAGCUUGCAGCGCGGCAUUACGCGUGUCGUCGACGGAUCACCGGAUCACGGAUUAUCGGAUUACGGAUUGUGAAUCAUUGAUGCUCGAGCGAGCGAGCCUCGUCGCUGCGAACUAAUGUGUGCUACCUACACCUAGAUAUACUAAUAUAACGUAGCAGAGUUAAUAAUUCCCAAAGUAAUUAUCACGAUUUUUCAUAUUAGCAGAACGGAGACAAUGGUAUCAAAUCAUGAGUUUUUCCGAAUCACGAGUCAGUUGUCGCGACAUUCUUCCAUAGCAGAGACGUAUUUACCGUGUGGUGUCUUGCAUGCGUGCUGGCAGAAUUUUCGUAGGGUUCACAAAUUUUAUCGGUGCAGAUCAUUUUCAACUCCGAUGUGGAUCAUCCUCUCGCUUUCUCGUUGAGCCGCGCAUUCCUUAACUUAAGCAUGCGUACGUAGGAUCAAACUGUUUAAGUGACAUGUGCCGGAGAGUUUUUCACGACGAGUGUUCAUUUUUACAAUAAUCACGUUUUACGAAUAGCGGGGUGGUAGCGUUAUUUCAACUAACCAUUGUGAUAAUGCGACGACGACACUACAACGCGGGACGGGAUGAGUUUCGAAGCUGCCGUUGCCACAAUUGCUACAAUAGAGGAAAAACAGACAUUCGUUCGAAGUACUUCGCAGUAUGUACCUGUCGCGUGAAUGUUUCUCAGUCGCCGUUAUACGCAGUACGCAGAGGAUGCAAGGUGCGUGCAAACUCAGGCAGAUUCCUAGGCGUAAUGUAAUAUUAAUUUUUCGUCGGAGAGUAUAUUAUUUUCCAGACCUAAUCAGUUUUAUUCGCGUACAUCGUGUCGAACAUAAUGAUAAUAAUAAUAUAUAUAUAUACAUACAUACAUAUAUAUAAUUAUUAUAUAUAUUCCUCUCUUCUCUCCCCUCGAUCAAGCAUCGUUAGAUUGUGCUCGGCGAAAUGUAGCGGUUUACACGAUUAUUAGGAGCAACUCGCCAAUGAUGUAAAUAACAAUAAGAUGUUUAUAUAGCGCUGUUAUGUAGAUCUGUUAUUUAAUUUCCUUUCGCGGACGAGCAGAGUUGUUUUGCAAGUACGUAAGAUCUGUCCUCUCUAUCCUUGCAUAUUUUAGCCCACCCUCAGUACGCUACCAAAGAUAUGGAACGGCGAUCCGAUAAUGUCGUUUGUAUUGUUUACAACGAGAAUUGUGUGCUUCGAAGUGGAAUGUUUUGCUCUUUGUCCUUCUUAGCUCUCGGCCGAGCCAACUGAUAUCCGGACUGAAGUGAAAUUUUUGUAAAUUCCCACAGUGAGGUGGUGCGAUUUAGACGGCAAUUUUUAGAUACGUGUGAUAAGAGGGCUGCGCAUUAUCGUGCGAGCCGGCUUUUAAUGUCGAGCUCGGAAUUGUACCUGGCUCAGGUGGCGUUGUAACGGCAUUAAUAAACGAAGUUAUGGAAGUAAA